AUGGAGUUAUUUAAUGAUAUCAAUAAUAAUGAACAUAUGAAACAAACAAUGAAAACAACUCUUCAUCAUUAUCGAAAUCGAUCAACAUGUAUUAUUCGUGAUUGUAUUAUAUGUGGAUCAAAAGCAAUAGGUAUAAAUUUCGGCGCACCAACUUGUGCUCCUUGUAAAGCUUUUUUUCGACGAAAUGCAAGACGAAAAGAAAUUCUUGAUACACCAUGUCAACAUCCGGAUAUACAAAUUCUUGAAGGAAAUAAUGGUGAUAUUGAUGAAAUGAUAGUUAAUUAUGCUGAAAUUCGUCGAUGUUCAACUUGUCGUUUACGUCGUUGUUUUGAUGUAGGGAUGAAACAAGAAUUAGUUCGAACAGAUGAAGAAAAUGAACGACAUAAACUACUUGUUGAUACAAAUCGAAAACGACGAGAUUUAUUAAAACAACAACAACCACAAGAUAAUCAAUUAUCAAUUUGUCAGCAGGUUAUGACUAAUAAUGAUUUAAUCAAUGAAAUAGAUUGGCGUCAUUUAUCAAAUAUUGUUUAUGCUUAUGAUGCUCAUUGUCUUAAGAAUUAUCUUGAACAACGUACAAGUUUUUUUCAUGAAACAUCACAAAGAAAAGGAACAAUAGCAUAUAAUACAUUAUUACCAGUAAAUUUAACCUUUUCAGUUUCGACAUUUCUCAGAGCAUUACCAGCUUUUCAAUCACUUUCACGAUCUAAUCAAUUUUAUCUAUGCAAAAAUAAUCUUCGUCGAUUAAUGCUUGUAAAUAAUCAUGAAAUAAAUCAAUCAUGUUUUUCUGAUACAGUUCAGGCAGCUGCUCGUAAAUCUAGUUGGCAAUUUAUAUGUGGACCUGAUUUAUAUAAAGAAUUAGCUUAUUCCGAACAAUUAGCUGAAAAAUCAUGGAUAGCUGAUCCAAUUGUCACACGUCUUUGGAUUAUUGUCUUAUUUUUUUCUACAUCACUUUUUUCCUAUUAUGAUUCUAAGCCAACAGAUCUAAAAGUAAAGAAAAAACCACCUUUUGUUGACAUUCAAAAUGCUUAUGUAACUUUACUAUGGAAAUAUUUAUUAAAUCGUCAUGGUUAUAUGGAAUCAGUUCGAAUAUUUUCAAAUCUCAUACAUGUCUAUUUAAAUAUGUUACGUGUCGGACUGUAUAUUAAUAUAAGAUUACGAACUCAAAGAGAUCUUUUAGCAGCACAUGAAACACUUGAUCAAUUAACACGAGUUGAUAUUAAUAAUACUCAAUAG